AGCAAGCUUAUUUCUCACUCGUUUUUCAUUUUUGGUCCUUUGAUCAUCCGUUCGCUGCUCAGUCUGGCCCUGUGCUUGAUAUCGUAUCUUGGUAUAAUCCGAUCACUCUUUCUUUGGACAUACCUUGCCACUCUCUCAUUCUCUUACCGUCUUUCAAUUACGAACACCUCCUUCAAUCAAAGCUGUACAUCUGAUUGGAUCUUGGGACAACUUCACCAAAAGCUACACGAUGGAACGCGAUAGCCGACGGGAUCGUGGUCAAUGGAAGGGUUGCUACACCUUCAAGGACAUCACCUGUGAAGGCGAUGCGGGAAGCAUACCGAAACGGGAUGGAGGCCUCAAGAUGGGGCACACCUACUACUACUACUACGAACUCGACGGAUCCUCGGAGGCUCAUGAUCCCUCUCAGCCCUCGACCAACACCUGCCCAUAUCUCCCUGGCCAGACCGUCAACACUCUUUGGAUUCCUGUCGAACAGUCGCAGAGGAAACGCAGCGCAUCAUUGACAUCGCUGCACGAGGCCGACUUCAAGACGAUGGACCCGGCCAGCAAGUUUAUUUCCCCGAGGCCAGCGCCAACCCCCCCGGAGCCGGCUCGCCGGCUCGGGACUGCGCCCCUCCGGAUGCCGCCGCAGACGCGCCCGUCCAGGUCGCCGUCGCCAAGCUCCCGCUGGCACUUCUCAGCACGGAAGCUUUUCAGCCGCAAAUCGAGCUCGUCUUCGCUGAAGGACAUGCAAAUUCCGCAGGCGGAAUAUGAAAGGGCUCCUAGGUCGGAAGGCAGCAGGUCAAGGGAUAUCUCACCUGAGUCGCUGCGCAGGUUCCUGGCCGAUGACGCCCCGCUCGAGCACGAACACGAGGACACCAAUGGGCCGGCGAUUGACAUCCCAGAGGACAUUGUCGAGGAGAACGAGGACGACGACAACUUCGCCACCUCGGCCGUCUCGGAAACAAUGCAGUUCACCGGGCUGUCCCCUCCCCCGCCGCGCGCUGUCUCCCCAGCAACGACCAUCGCCUCCAUCGACAACGCCGAGCUACCCGCAAGCCCAUACCUAACCAUCCCGGCCGCCCCAACCCGCACGCCACCCCGCCUCCCAACUCUCAACACCACCCUGGCAGCAAAACCUCACCCCUCCUUCCCGCUCUCCGCCCUCUGCCCAGAGUCCCCCGACUCCACCUCCCCACCGGGGUUCUACCUCUCCGACGCCGAGGACGACGACGAAGACCUCGAGGACGACGAGGCGGCCAACGACGAGGACCAGGACGUACUCGGCAGCGGCGCCGCCCAGAUCCAGAAGAACCCUUUCGCGCGAAACAUCGCCGCCACGCUGUCGACCUACUCGCUCCCGCGCACGGCGGGGACCGACGCCGCGAAGCUGGCUGCCCCCGCCGCCGCCGCCGCUGCCGCUGCCGCGGGCCAGCAGUCUGCGGUGUCGGGGUCGCUGAUGCUUACGAGCCCGAUCCCGGAUGCCGGGCUGGGCGAGCUGGUUAGUGAGUUGGGCUGGAUGGCGGGGGCGAUUGGGGGGCGCUAUGCCUAAUUUACAGUUUUCUUGCUGUUUUUGCAUUUGAUUUUUUUUGGUUUUUCUUUGGGUGUUUGAGCGCGGGAUACAUGGCAAAAUAGAUUUUUUGGUGUCUGGUUGGGCAUGGUUUGGUUUGCAUAC